AUGAAACCUCCUUCAACACAGAAUGGACGGGCGGCCAGCCGGCCGGCACCCUCACACGGCUCUUGGGACCGCAAUGCGCCCCCUCGGGAUACACAUCGCAGUGUGGGGUAUGGGGACUAUCCUGUGCAAGGCAAUCCUCCACCGUCGCAGUACACCCCCACGCCCAAUAUGAACUCGAAUUUUGGUUAUCAGAUCCCACAGGCCAGUCAAACGUCACAGGCCUAUCAAUCUCAGGGCCACGCUCCUACCAUGCAACAGCACCAACCACAAAUGCCUUCAGGACAAGGCCAACAACAAUUCGGCGCAUUCAAUACCUUGCCACAAGAUCCAAUGAGCAUGGAUCAAGCUUUCUUCCAAAUGGCGCAGAAUAUGCCCUGGAUGUAUCCGGGCUUUGAUAGCGGGAUGCCAUUCCCACCCCCAUUUCCUCUCCUCCCCUUCGAUAUGAAUACCCCACUACCCUUCCAAAACACCCGACCCAUGAGCACGAUGGCCGGUGGUGGAGGACAACGGUUCACACCCGAUCUUCAAAGACAACGAUCGCCAACGCCGCCAGUCAAGGUCCCACUUCCAACACUGCAAUACACAAAUCAAGCUUCAUUGAAGCCAGAGAAGACUGAAAAACGACCACUCCUCGUCAUCCUCGAUCUCAACGGCACCCUCAUCUACCGCAAGCUUCGCAAAUUCCCACCGAAAUUCGCCAGACGCGCCGGUCUAGAUCAUUUCCUAACCACGCUAGUCAAAAACUACAAAGUCAUGAUCUGGUCUAGCUCCCAGCCCCCGACUGUAAACGCAGUUUGUGAGCAAAUAUUCCCAGGUCCUAUGCACGACGCCCUCGUCGCCCGCUGGGGACGCGACAAAUUUGGCCUCACCGCCGGUCAAUACAACAAAAAACUCCAGGUCUACAAGGAGCUGCACAAAGUGUGGGCAGAGACAAAUAUCCAAGGCGCAUUCCCAGGCAACGAGCAUCUGAAAGACCCCCCGGCCCCAUCACCAAGCGCCCGACCACCACACAAGAAUCGCAAGCAAAAACUUCGCGACGCUGAAGCUGCCAAGCUUCCCGCGGGCCACCGCUGGGACCAGACGAAUACCAUCCUUAUCGAUGAUAGUAAACUCAAGGCUUCUAGCGAGCCGUUCAAUAUCCUCGAGAUCCCGGAGUUCGCUGGUGAUCCCGAUAUCGAUGAGACGAAGCUCUUCGCCAAGGUCCUCGCCCGCCUUGAUUAUCUCGCCCACCACGACGACGUGAGCAAAGUCCUCCGUGUUUGGAACGAGCGUGUGGACAAGGGCGAGGGUAGUAUUCUCGAAUUGGAUAUUGGGAUCCGUGAGGGUUCUGUCGACAACGAGGACGGCGGGAUUAGUCUCCUUCCGAAGCAGUUAGAUGGCAACCCCAAUGGCGAUCUCAUGGCCUUUGAUGGCGCGGGUGACGUCCCUACUCCCCCAACUGCUAAGCGCAAGGCCAAGAAAAAUAAAAAGGCCAAGGCAAGAGCAAAGGCGGCCGCAGAGAAUCCCCCAAAUACGGCAACUGCCAGCGCUGCACCCACCAACCCGAACCCGCCAGCCACAAAGCCAACACAACAACCUCAGCAGAAAACAGAAGACCAAAAGACUGAAAUCAAAAUGUCUCGCAAAGCGCGCAAAAGAGCCAGGGAGGAAGAAAGUCUCGCCAUAAAGGCUGCCGCCGAAGCGGAAUACAUAAAGACACACGGGAUUCCAACACCGAGCUACGACAACAUAACGAGCAACCAACCCGUCGCCAGCAUCGAAGCAGAAGCACCCGGUCAAGUUCAUGUUCGAGUUGGCACAAGCCAGAAAUCCAUUCGUCGCAGACAGAAGGCCGCAAACAAAAGGGCCCAGUGGGAAGUUGAUCCUCCCACGCCUCCUCCUGGAUCUCAGACUGCACAAGAAAGAUACAAUUUCCGGAAGAGAAGUGAUGCUGCUCCUCCUCCCGAGCUUAAUGCUGAAUCUGUCUCUGGCUCUGGUUCCAAGACGGUCUUCGAAUCCGCCUCCGCAGCUGCCCACGCCGCCAAUGCUGCAAAGAUCAUAAAAAGCGGAUUAUCACCUGAAUAUCUCCCUCAAGACGCGGACGUGACUGUUGGUAUGGAAUUAGAUGUUGAUGCAUAUGUCCCACCGGGUGCUGUGACUGCGUCGAGAACUAAGCAUAACCGCUCGCCGUCCCCGGUUUCAUCGGUUGAAUCACGGAAUUCGUUGCUUGAUCGGCUUGAAGAGGGGCUUGGGAUUGGUAUUGUGAAGCGUUGA